UCUCACUCUCGCUUUCAACAAAUAGAGAAACGCAAAAGAACUCUUUUGCGUAAAACCAUCUCAUGGUUAUCUCGAGUUUCUCACCAAUGGAGGUUACACUACUUGCCUCCUUCUCUGCUUUCUCUCCCGUCUCAUCAGAAAGACUCUCCAACGCGGUUUUCAGCAGUUCGAAGUCAAACCCGCUACGACAAACGCAUAGAGUCAAGGCGGCGACGAUCGCGAAGGUCGUGGAGAAGAAUCCGUAUUGGGAAGCGGAGACGGCGAGUCCCGAUCUGCGUAAGAGCUUGUCGGACUUCUUGGAGGAAGCAAGAGAUUUCGUGGGAGAUGAUGAUGGUCCACCUCGUUGGUUCUCCCCGUUGGAGUGUAGCUCUCAGGCUCAAGGCUCUCCUCUUCUCCUUUUCAUACCUGGUAUUGAUGGUACUGGGCUUGGGCUCAUUCGACACCACAAGAAACUUGGGGAGGUUUUUGAUGUAUGGUGCCUUCAUAUUCCGGUCAGGGACCGAAGUCCUGCUAAAGACAUGGUCCAACUUAUUGAGAGGAUAGUUAAGUCAGAGAGCUAUCGUUUCCCAAAUAGACCUAUAUAUCUAGUUGGAGAAUCCAUUGGAGCGUGUCUUGCGUUAGAUGUUGCAGCUAGGAAUCCUAAUAUCGAUCUUGCUUUGAUAUUGGCUAAUCCAGCCACACAAGUCAACAACCUCAUGUCACAACCUCUGGCAGGAAUGCUGAAUGUUUUACCAGAUGGUGUUCCUACACUACUGGGAGAAAUUUUUGGUUUUAAGCAAUGCGAUCCAUUGACUGCAGUGUUAGGUGGAGGGAUUCUAAGAGAUCUCUUUGCAGUUUCAGCUAAUCUUCCGACUUUGAGUAGGAUCUUCCCUAAGGACACACUUCUUUGGAAGAUUGAACUGCUUAAGUCUGCUGUUGCGUCUGCGAAUACUCACAUACACGCGGUCAGAGCUGAAACACUGAUACUUCUCAGUGGACGUGAUCAAUGGCUGGUGAAUGAAGCAGACAUUGACAGAUUCUCACGCACAUUACCAAACUGUAUUGUCCGUAAGCUUAAAGACAAUGGACACUUUCUCUUUUUUGAGGACAAUGUAGACCUGGUUACUAUCAUCAAAUGCACUAGUUUCUACCGCAGUGGGAAGUCUCAUGAUUACCUUUCAGAUUACAUUAAGCUUACCAAAUAUGAGUUAAAGCAACUACUAAACGACCAGAAACUCUUACUAGAUGCUACUUCACCUGUAUAUCUAUCAACAUUAGCAAACGGUAAACUUGUGAGGGGCCUUGAAGGUAUACCUUCAGAAGGGCCUGUACUAUACGUUGGCUAUCACGUGUUAUUGGGACUAGAGAUAGUUCCAAUGAUAACUCAAUUCUUGAAAGAGAGAAACAUUCACAUGCGCGGUUUGGCACAUCCAAUGCUUUUGUGGAACAUCCAAGAUGAUAGGUUAGGGGACCCACAGAUGUUGGACAAAUAUAAGUUAAUUGGUGCGGUUCCUGUCUCCAACUUCAGUAUCUACAAACUACUGCAAUCAAAGUCUCAUGCGCUUUUGUAUCCUGGUGGUAUCCGUGAAUCUUUCCAUAGAAAGGGUGAAGAAUACAAGUUGUUCUGGCCAGAGCAACAAGAGUUCGUGAGGGUUGCAUCUAAGUUUGGAGCCAAGAUUGUCCCAUUUGGUGUUGUUGGAGAAGACGACAUCUGUCAUCUUGUCCUCGAUUCCGAUGAUCAAAGGAACAUCCCAAUCCUAAGGGAUUUCAUGGAAGAGGCAACAAAGCAAGCUGGAAACUUAAGGGAAGGAGAUGAGACCGAACUUGGAAACCAGAUAUGCUAUCUCCCAGGAGUUAUACCUAAGAUUCCUGGGCGGUUCUACUUCUACUUUGGGAAACCAAUUGAAACAGCAGGCAACGAGCAAGAGCUAAAAGACAAAGACAAGGCUCAAGAGUUUUACUUGAAAGUCAAGUCUGAGGUUGAACAAUGCAUUGCCUAUUUGAAGAUGAAAAGAGAGAGUGAUCCUUACAGACACUUGUUGCCAAGGAUGAUGUAUCAGGCCUCCCAUGGUUUCUCUUCUGAAAUUCCCACGUUUGAUCUCUGAAAUGAUUAUCGAUUCCAUUAUUUACAUAAUUACAUUAUACUGUGGAGACAUUAUUACAGGUUCCAAUAAUGGUAUUUAUUUAAGAUU